AUGGCGGCUGCUACGUUGGAAUACGAAGCGAUCGAUGCUUCUUCGAAUGUGCAGCCCCUUGUUGGUACGUCUUUUCAAAGAUUGCUUUACUUUAGCAUUAUUUAGGUUCUGAAUUCCUAAAAUAUUAUAAGCGAUAUUAGCCAGCCGUUUUUAUCGCAAUCAUGGUUGUGUCUUGUGUCUUCAAGCACUUUAACAAACUUGUCGCAAACUUUUCAAGCUGAAACUUUAUUGUGUUGAUAUUUCAAGGAUUUGUACGGUUCUUAUGAUUUUGGUGGUACAGUGAGUCCCUAUGUCCUCCCUAUGCCCUGGAAACUGCAGCCAUGUUGAAUAUACAAAACUCAUUUCAAUGUUUCUUCCUUUAGUCAAUUUCACGAAUGGAAACUUAAAGCAAAACAGUGCGAGUAAAAGGAUACGAUUUGGUUGUUAUCAGUGGGCGGAUAGAGGAGAUAAAAGAAAAAGACAGAGGAAAACUGUGGUAUGCCAUCAAAAUAUGAGAAAAUAUUUUGUAUUUAUGUAAAAGGCAUUCUCAGCUCUGGUUAAAAUUUUCCUUAAAAAGGAUAGUACCCUAAUUUCUUGGCCUCCAUCCCAGAGCCCCUUGUGUUCUUACACUGUUGGUCACGUUUCUUGAAAGGGAAUCAAAUUGACCCCCAGGUAUGACCAGCAUUUAAAUUGCCCUCAAAAUAUCACCUCUGACAUUAUGGUCACAUUAAUAUCAGUGUCACACUGAUGAAGGAAAUGGUCACCAACGAAGGAAGCUCUUGAUUGUCAAACAAAUUCUCCUUUUCAACACUGUGGGAAUGUAUAGAGAACAGUAUAGAGAAUGUGUAUACUGAUAUUGGAGUGUAAAGGGUUGAUGCGGCAUGUGAGACCUGAAAAGAUAUCCAAAAGUGAUUGGAAGUUGUCCUUGCAGCAGAAAUAUGGUAUUACGGGUUUCAGUCAGUGUCUGCGAGAAAACAACAUCACAGACACAGAGUACAUGUAAAUAGUUAAUUCUCUUGUGUUGAUUUGUGGUCGGCUCCAAGAUUGCAGAAACAGAUGGCAUGGAAUACACUGGUUGCAACUUUGGGCAAUUUUCAAGAUCAAGCGGUCUUUGCAAGUGAGUGAAAAUUAUUUUCCAGAUCAUUACAGCUGUAUCAUGAUUGACUUGUGGAGGAUGCUAUUGAAGAUGUUUUUUUUAUGUGUCAGUGACUUAUGCUUUUCUAUUUAUAGUCUUUUAUGUGAUCAGAAUCCAUAUUCACAGUCAACUGAUCACUUGUGGUCUUCAGGCAAUAUUGGAAUUAGUCUUAAUUUCUUUGCAGGGUUUAAUUGUUGCAUCUUGCAACUGUAACCAUUUAUCAAGUAAAGAAUUAUCACAUUAACAGAGGUUCUAAAAGAAUAUUCUGUAAAAAGAAGUAAAAAAAUUGUACAAACCUUUCAUAACAAUCAUUCAUAAUGCCUCAAAGUCAUUGUCUUUUGAGCUGAUGGAAAUUGCUGAACAUACAUGUCUAAUUGAUUUUAAAAUGUGCUAUAGGUAUGUUCUUGGCGUUUACAAUGAAAGAACAGAAGUAAUGAAGAUGUAUGACACUGAAAUGGUCACACUUCAACCAAAAGUCCUGGGUAAUAACAAAUAUCACUAUUUACUGAAUGAUCAUUUGUUUUAUGUAAUGGAAGAUAAAAUAGAUCACAACUCUUAAAUCUACAUUGCAACUUGACAUUUUUACUCUAAAGGUUAAGAUUUUGAUGGUUCUUAAUUAGCAAUUGUUUAAGUCCACUUAAGGUCUGUGUUUAUGAAUAUAUAAUGCAAAGAACAUGAUCUAGUUUUUUUUUUCAAGGGUGACUUCAAAAGAAUUGUAAUACAAUAUUGUUUUAUUGACUGUGAUGAAAAACAUUGCUAAUGAAGUGUUAUUAUGUGUCAGCAGUAUACAGGUAAAAUAUUCCAUUCCACAAUGGAAAAUACUAUAUCAGACGAUAAAUGAUUAACACCACAUUGUUGUAAUAAUAUACAUAUUUCAGCUACUGGUAAGCAAGCAUUAGUGUCAAGCAAAAUGACAGAUGCUUACUUUCCUGUGUUCAAUUCAUUUUACCAAUUAAAAUCAUAGAUAUAAAUACUGGUAGUUAUUUGUUUGGAAGUUUUUUUAUCAACACCCAAUUUAUGGCAAUAUCAGAACCCUCAGAUAGAAAUUCACAAUGAAAUGAAUAAUGGAACAAAAAUUUCUUUUGCAUUUUGAGAAAUCACAUUGAAUUUCUUAUGGAUGAUUUUAAAUUGAUGCAGAUUAUCCAUUAUGGAGGGUGUGACAGUGGUAAAAACUUUUUCAGAUACUGGAAGUACUGAGACAAACCAAGGAGAGGAUGAAGAGGACAAUAAAAUUGAUCUUACUUUUCUCCAAAAGGUUUGUUAAAGUAAUCAUUUGUCAGCUCAUUCUUAACAAUAGUUUUAAAGGCCUGGGGUUCAUUUUAUGCUCAUGAUAAGUUAAAUAAAAUCCUCUUCUUAAAUACCAAUCUAUUUAUCAGAUAAUGAUUAACUAAAUCAGGAUCAAAAGCUAACUGGCUUGUUUGGUUCACAUUUAGAAUGACCUCCUAACAGAAGCUUUUGGAAGUAAAAGAAAGAAAAGGGCAAUGGCUUCUCGACAGCGAAACAAAGUAGAUGACACUGAUCUGAAUUUAAAAGUUUCUGACGUUUUAGAGUCAUUAGCUAAGGAACCUGUCGAAGCAACAGGUUUGUGAAUUAUAUGACAUAUCCUUUUUUUUUUUUGGACAUCAGGAGACUUAAUAGAGUUGAAAACACUCUUAGACUCACAGCCAAAGGCAAGAAACUUGGCAGACAUGGCUUUAUACAUAUGGCCCAGGUUGUUCAAAGCUGGGUAAAGGUAACCCAGGGUUAAUGUGACAUUUGAUUGCAGGUCUGAAAGCUUUAAGAGAAAAUUCAGUUCAAAUCUUUUUGCUUGCAAUUUUAUCACUGGAUGUUCUAAAAAGAAUAGUGAAAAUUUUCCCUAAAAUACUUUUGAACAAAGAAAUAAAGAAACCUAAAUUAAAAUUUAACCCUGGGUUAAAGCUAAUCGGCCUUCGAACAACUGGGCCAUGGUCAGUUGUCAGCGAGUUCUUGAAGCAGACAAGAGAGCUUGUUAACCUGCUCUCUGUUUCAAUUUCUAUAAAACAGGAGAAAGAAAGUUGCAUAUGAAAUAAUUGUGCUGUUUAUUUAAUAUUUAGUUUUAGUCUAAUUGCUUACUGUAGUUGGUAGGGGAUUAUGUGAUCCUCUGUUAUCCUCACUUGGCAAUAUUACAAAUGGUCAAUGUUUCUUUUUGUCAAUGUUUUUGUGGACUAACAUGAAACGAAAAUAGUGCAGUGACUCUGGUUAUCAUCUUAUUGGAUGAUGAAACUUUGGGACAAGAAAGGAAACUUCCUGAAUGAAAUAGGAGUUUGUAAACAUAUUUUUGUAUUUUGAUGUUGUGUUGAUUGCAGAUGGUGUAGAGCAGCAAUCCACCAUUCCUCCAUAUAAUUUGAAGGCUACAACAGCAGCUGAUGUAUAUAAAUUAAAUGAUAGUAUCCUUUUGGAUGUGUUUUUACCCUCCAGUAAAACUGAAUUUUUAAAAAAUACCUUUUGAAUUUUGUACACAAUUGUUGCAUUCGCAUUUUCUGUUUUCAGCUCCUUCUUUAAGGCCCAAAUUUCUUUGUCUACAGUUUGAGUCAACCCUUUAACUCACAAGAUCUGACUGUAAAUUCCCUCCUCUAGCUGCUACACAUUUAUUUGCAAAUCAGAUAUGAGAAUUUGGUGUUAGAUCAAGAUAACUUUAACCUGAUAAGUUUGAGUAUUCUCAUGAUGUGUUUGCUGGAUAAUGUAUGGAUAUUAUGGGGAGAAAAUACAUGUUAAUCACUUUUGGGAGUUAGUUGAGCCUCAACCUUCCUUGUUUUUUCUUGUACUUUUACAAAUUUCAUUUUUAUUUACCACUUUUAGUUAACUUUUUUCACUUGACCAUAUGUUUGAAAGGAUUUCAAAAUUUUCUACACUGAACAACUUAAAAAAUUGGGACAUGGAUUCCUUGAAUGGCUCAGAUUUAAACUCUGUAGAACCCACAAUUUCAAAGUAUCUUUCACCACAGAUGAGUACGGCUAAAAAGUUAAAAAAUAAUUAGUACAUGUUGGUAAAAACAUUUUCCUUAACUCAUUUAAGUUAUUUCUCCUGGGGAGUAUGAAGCACUACAAAGAAUUUCACAGGAAAUCAAGAAUGCAGACAAAGAGAAAAUUUCCGAAUGGAGAAAUGAAAAGAGGUACAGGGAAGGUCUUGAAGGUGCCAUUUGGCAAUUUAUGAUCAUGAAAUGGUUGCAAGAAAUAAUAGUUCAUCCAUUAGGAAAAAAUAGUCAUGAGAGAAAUAAUGGAAAAAAAAGAAAGCUAGCUGGAAAUCACUUUUGGAGGUUCACUUCAAAUCUCAUCUUGGACAACUAACAAGGGAAUGAAUUUUUUUAAAGGGAAUGAUAGAUUAUUGAUAAAAUUUUGUUUGUCUUGCAUUUAAUUAACUUCAGACCAUUGUCAAUAAGUAACGAAAACAAUGCAGCAUGUGGCAUUACUGCCAGUAAAGUUCACCAGAUGGGCAACUUGUGGUAGAAGUGAAGUCUCUAGAAUUUUUAUUCUAUCCAUUAUGGUAGCCAAAAUGGUUACAGCUUUUAGCAAUGCAGUGAUGUGUCUCCUUUAUGAACUGAAUCUCUGUCCUUUAAUAAUUGCAAGUAACGUAUUCAUUACAUUCAACAAGACAAGGUAUUUUAAUGCUAUUCAAAUUCAUAAACAGCGACUCUGCUUUUACAAACCUCCCUCAACAAGACAGGAACAUGGAAUCAAUAACUUUUGGGUUGAAUUUAUUGACCUUCAAGAAAGCUUAAUAAUGGUAUGCCUUCAACAAAUUUCUCAACAGGUUCCCAGAAUAUGUACUUCAGCAUAUCGCUGUGAUGUCAGUCAAGUCCACCAAGCGACUUCAUCAAUCAUGUUGCCUUCUGUAUUUAUCAUACAUGAUGACACUGUACAGUCUCAACUAUCAGGACCUCAGGAAGAAAGGUAAAUAGAUAGGAAAUGUUAGCAGAUUUUUCUUAAUCUUGCAUUCUGUCAAGAAGCAAAAUCUUAUGUGAUUUAAUUAGUUUACUUAAAUGUAUUAAAUUAGUCUAACUGAGUGACCCCCAAGACAGAAUUUCUCCUCUACAUUAUCAAUAUCAAUAAAAUAUCAAGGUCAGACAAAGUGAUGAGAAUAAAGAAAAACACAUCAGUUACCAUAGGAAAUUAUAGGUUAAUCCAAUGCAUAAUUCUCCCAAAUAAACAUCAAAAGAAAUGAAGGAAGAAAGAAACAGAUAAAAUGUAAGAGAUUUUUGUUAACUAAUGUCAGAUCUUAUCCUGGUGAUUUAAAGGGUUAAUUCACUAACAUGUAUUAAAUUAGUCUUACUCUUUGACCCCCACAAUUGAUCAGCAUCUAAUUUCUCCCUAAAUUAUCACCUGUGAAUCAAAUGUUAAGGUCAUGAGAAUGAAGGAAAUGAUCACCAUCCAAAGAAGCUCUUGAUUGGUACACAAAUUCUCUUUGUUAGUACCAUAGGAAAUUUAAAGAGAACAUUAUGGAGAAUAUGUGUGCUGAUGUUAGGAUUCAAUACCAAAUGAUUUCCUUAUUUCAGAUCCUUUACCUAUGGUACCAGCUGGGAUUAAGAAGAAACUGUUAUCCUCAUUUUCUUUGGAAAAGGGAAGAUCUAGGUAUGCUAUGCCAAGAACAUGUCCUCUCUUUUCAACAGUGAUAUAAAACUGAGUUAAAGUCAUUUGCCAUGUUUGAUGUCAAGAAUUAUAACUCUUGUCGAGUCCCUCAACACCACAAAGAGGUGGGUAGAAUCAUUCUUCAGCAACUAGCCCCAAUUGUUUUUAAGCUGAAAAGUUGCCUGGCAUGUAAAUAUCCCAUCCACUGGCGAGCGAUUUAUCAGAUCUGGUGUUUGCUUGCAUACACCAGUAUGGAGUCAUUGCCAUACUCACCGGUUCAUGUUUUAGUUAACUCAUUGGAAAAGCUGUGGGGAUAAGCAACAGCUAGGGCUUUGUGGCUUGUACGACUAAGGGGGUCAAUGUCAGAAAAAUUUUGCACCUACCCCUCCCUAACCCAACCACAAUAAACUGAUAACAAGUAAGGGACAAUGUCGCAUUAGGGGAGGGGUAGAUGUGCAGUUUCUUCGAUGCGGAUAUUGAUCCGACUUAGUAAUUGAUGAUCAUUGAUUCCUGAACAGAAAUUUGUUUCUUUCCCCUGCAGGGCGGUUCCAAAACGACUGAAGGACAAGUUACUGUCGUAUAUAUUAGUGUUGGCUUUGAUGAUAGAUGAAUUUUCAUUAGACUUUGCAGUUAUCAUGAAAGACCUCAAGAUGCCCAUCCCAAGGUAUUGAAAACAAAAUACAUGCUAUUGUCACUGACACGAGUUUUUGUACUUUAUGAGAAAACCAACCUUUAAUAGUAAUAUGCAAGCAAGCUGGAUCUCUACGAAGGCAAUAUACUUAAAAAGGUUAUUGUUUUUACAGAUUAACAAAUCAUCUGAAAGCAGUUGGCUGUAUUAUAUCAUCAUCGAGAGUGGGGUCAGGAAAGAAAAAAAUGGAUGACGGUGCCAGUGUUGUAAAUAAAACUGCUGUUCUCAAGGUUCCUCUCCCUCCUCAUUUCCCAUCAGGAAGACCUAUCAGUUUCACUGGCAAAUGAAGCCCAUAUUUGUCAACCUUUUCCCAUUUUAAAAGAGUAUAAGAUGUACAAGUUAUG